AUGCCAAACGAACUUGGAAAGAAUCAAUGGGGCGAAAAGAACUACCCUCCAAAAGAAACGCUGAAGACAUUUCUUACUAUGUAUGCCCAACGAGGCCUGUCAAUAAAAGAAAAGUUGGUGCGAUUAGAAAGAGAUUUGGGGCUUGUAAUUAAAAAAUCAAAGCUCAAUGAAUUAGAGCGCGAUUUACGGAUACCGUCUGUACGUCGCCCUUUCCGGACGGAGGAGGAGCUCGAUAGAGAGGUGUUGAAGGCAGUGGAGGCCGACGUUGCACAAGGGAAUGGACCUUCCACCAUUAAGUCCAUGCUCAAGGAUGACUUAAUUAUGGUGUCCCGUCGUAAAGUUCGCGAAAUCAUGCAUCGUGUUGCGCCGGAAGGAUUUGACAAACGGUUUCCCGGAAAGCGCAAAGGCCUCAUCCCACGUACUGCGCUCCUUUCCAUUGGCCCAUUCCGUGAGGUAUCUGGAGACGGCCAUGAGAAGCUUAACGCCCAGGCGCUUCAAAUGGGAUCGAUUGGCUUGUCAAUUUACGCCUAUCGCGAUAAAUUCUCUGGCUUCCUGCUCAAGAUUGAUGUCCUACCAAAUAUCCGGAAGUCAGCUGCCAUGGGGUACGUCUACUUAGAUCUUAUCUACGAGUAUAAAGGAAUCCCCGUGCAGCUUACUACAGACAAAGGGUCGGAGAUCGGGUACCAACAGGUCAUACAGGACGCAUUACGGGCUAUUCUUGCGCCAGAUAUCGAUCCAGAAGUGGAUCCGUCUGCUGUUGCUAUCAAGAGCGUCCACAACACGAUCAUUGAAUCGUUGUGGAGGUGGCUUCAGAAGACGACAGGCUGGAACCUCAAGGAUCUCAUUUUGCAAGGAAAAGUCCGUGGUAUAUUCAACCCCAACAUUCCUUCUCACAUCCCACUCUUUUAUUGGAUCUUUGUUCCAUUGGUCCAGGAGCAUCUGGAUCGCUUCCGCACUUAUUUUAACAACAGACGAGUGAGGCCGCAAGAUGACAAGAUCUUACCCUCAAAGCACAUUCCUGCAGACGCCCUUGAGCACCCGGACUUGUACAUUCCGGGGACCAAGAGCUGUCUAAUCGAUGUACCUUCGGAGUUGGUUGAUGAUUGCCGAAGGUACCUGGAAGAGGAUGUUGGACCCCGAGAGAAUUAUCUCUCAUGGUUUAGCGAAGACUUCGACGUGAUCGCUGGAUUGGUUUAUGACGAUAUUGGGUCACCAAAGGUCACUACUCAGACGGCCUGGGAUGUCUUCGCAAGGAUGGCUGGCCCGGUUUCUGAUUUAUAUCACGAUGAAUUUUAA